AUGAGGUUGGGUUGGAGCCAUCAGGGCCCGGAGCGCUACGACGAGUGUCUCAUCGGGCUCCUGGCGGGGCUCCAGGAGAAACCUGACCAGAAGGAUGGGAUCUUCACCAAGGUGGUGCUGGAGGCCCCUCUGAUCACCGAGAGCGCCCUCGAGGUCAUCCGCAAGUACUGCGAGGACGAGAGCCGAACCUACCUGGGCAUGUCCACGCUGAGGGAUCUGAUCUUCAAGCGCCCGUCGCGGCAGUUCCAGUACCUGCACGUGCUGCUCGACCUCAGCUCCCACGAGAAGGACAAGGUGAGGCAGCAGGCCCUGCUCUUCAUCAAGCGCAUGUACGAGAAGGAGCCGCUGCGCGAGUACGUCGAGAAGUUCGCCCUCAACUACCUGCAGCUCCUGGUGCACCCCAACCCCCCCUCGGUGCUCUUCGGGGCUGACAAGGACACAGGUGACACUGGGGACACCCAGGGGGGGUGGGAUGUACCUGGGGGAGGUGUCCCUGGGGUUGGGGACACUGGGGGGGGACAUUCAUGGGGUGGGAGAUCCGCCCUCAACUCCCUGAAGCUCCUGGUGCACCCCAACCCCCCCUCGGUGCUCUUUGGGGCUGACAAGGACACAGGUGACAUUGGGGACACCCUGGGGGGGUGGGAUGGACCUGGGGGGGUGUCCCUGGGGUUGGGGGAUAUCCCUGGA